UCAUAGAUUUGCAUCUAUGGAGAUAGAUGAGAGAAUAUAUUAGCUUAUCUAUUUAAUUGUCAAAAUAACAGGUAAAAUCGGCACCUGUACUUUUCGCAACGAGCAGCGAGACUGAUGGAACUUAUACUCUUGAUAUCUUUAUGGAUGCCGUAAAAGCUGCCAUGGAGAGCAGAAACAACAACAACAACAAUAAUAAUGGCUUCAUCAACCAGUCAUUCGUUGGCUCACUGAAUGCCUCGACCAUAUCUAUACCUGGGGCGUACAAAACGAAAGAUCUCACAAAUGGCAGCAAGCCAGAUCCAGUUGCGCCAGCGGCAGGAGCAGGAGCAGGAGCAGGAGCAGGAGCUGCAGACAACCAGCCCGAGGCGGAAGCGGGUGCGGGCCAGCAGGGGAAACAGCGCGCCAGCUGGAACAAUGAUAUUGAGUUCCUCAUGUCCUGCAUAGCCCUGAGCGUGGGUCUGGGCAACGUAUGGCGAUUCCCUUUCACUGCCCUGGAGAACGGCGGUGGCGCCUUUGUCAUUCCAUAUCUGAUUGUGCUCAUAUUGGUGGGCAAGCCGGUUUACUAUAUGGAGAUGCUGCUGGGACAGUUCUCCAGUCGCGGCAGCGUUAAAGUGUACGACUUUUCACCAAUUAUGAGAGGCAUAGGCUACGGACAAGUGCUGGCCACGGGAAUUGUGACCACCUACUAUGCCACACUAAUGGCUCUCACGCUGCGCUACUUUGUGGACUCGUUUUACCCCACGCUGCCGUGGAGCUAUUGCCGGCCAGAAUGGGGUGCGAAUUGUCUGGACUCGGGCCCGCAGGAAGCGAGCCUCACCCACGCGGCUCAGGACACUGUUCGGACCACCUCGGCGGAGUUUUAUUUUACGAAUAUCAUUCUGCGCGAAAAAGCGAGCAUCGAUGACGGCAUUGGCUAUCCCAGCUGGAGCCUGGCUUUGGCUCUGGCCAUUGCCUGGGUGAUUAUAGCCGGCAUCAUGUUCAAGGGUGUAAAGAGCUCCGGCAAGGCCUCCUAUUUCCUCGCACUCUUCCCCUACGUGGUGAUGCUCAUAUUGCUGGUGCGCGCCCUCACCCUGCCAGGCGCCUUCGACGGAGUGCUCUACUUCCUGCGGCCGCAGUGGCACAAGCUCCUCGAGGCGCAGGUGUGGUACGCAGCCGUCACGCAGGUCUUCUUCUCUCUGGCCAUUUGCUUUGGCAACAUUAUUAUGUAUUCCUCGUACAAUCGCUUCGGCCAAAACAUUUACAGGGACGCAAACAUUGUCACCACCUUGGACACCUUCACGUCGCUGCUGUCGGGUGUCAUUAUCUUUGGGAUCCUUGGCAACCUGGCCUACGAGAACAACACGACAGACAUUGCGAGCGUGGUGAAUGGGGGGCCGGGGCUGGCCUUCAUCUCGUACCCCGAUGCGAUAGCCAAGUUCAAGGUGCUGCCCCAGCUCUUCUCGGUGCUGUUCUUCCUCAUGCUCUUUGUGCUCGGCAUCGGCAGCAAUGUGGGGAUGGCCUCCUGUCUCACGACGGUGAUCAAGGAUCAGUUUGGCCACAUCAAGAACUGGAUGAUUGUGGUGGCCAUUGCCGUUAUUGGCUAUCUGCUGGGUCUGCUCUACAUCACACCCGGCGGACAGUUCGUCCUCAACCUGUUGGACUUCUAUGGUGCCACGUUCGUGGCUCUGGUGCUGGCCAUCUUCGAGCUGGUCGCCAUCGGCUGGAUCUACGGAGUGAAGCGGCUCUGCCGCGAUGUGCAGUUCAUGCUGGGCAUCAAGACCUCCUUGUACUACCGCCUUUGCUGGGGAGUCAUCACGCCGCUCUUAAUGUUUACCAUUCUCAUCUACACGCUGGUUCAAUACGAGCCCCUAAAGUACAAGGAUUACACCUAUCAAUCCGGUGUUUACGUCUUUGGCUGGUGCCUGAGCGCCUUCGGCGUGGGCCAAGUGCUGUUUUGGGCCAUACCCGCUGUUCGGCGGCAGCCGUCUAAUCUCAGCCUCUGGGCCCGCAUCCGCAAAGCCUUUGAGCCACUGCCCAACUGGGGACCCGCCGACCCGGGCACCCUCAAGCGGUAUCAGCUGUACGUGCAGGAGGGCCAGGCCAGCUCCAUGUUCCAGCGCAGCAGUAUCUGGCACAAAAUCUAUGACAAUAUCUUCGGUUAGCUUUGAAUUAGCAAUAAAACUAUAUACCAUUUAAUGCCGCCUGCCGCCUGCCGCCUGCCGCCUGCCGCCGACUCUGUCGCUUUACGAGGCUAUGAUGUGUGCGUAUAUGUGUGCUUGGGGCAGGAGUAGAGCUGCAGCUACAACGCAACCCUUUUAUAAUAAAAAUCAGUCCCAGUCCCAGCUUAA